GACCACGUGCUCCAGGAAGCAGAGAGCAAGAGGAACUGAACAGAGAGGCUGGAAAAGGACUAGAAGACCCCUCAUCCAGCCCGGGUGCUGCUGCAGGACCCCGCUGAACAGAACAGCUCCAUUUGGGCCAAGGAAGAAGGCAGUGGCUUGACCUCCAGAGGAGCAGAAAAGGAAUCGACGUGACCUGCUUCUCUUUAGAAGAUGACCAAAAAACCUUCGCUGGUGGUGUUUGACUUGGAUUAUACCCUGUGGCCGUUUUGGGUUGACACCCAUGUGGAUCCUCCAUUCAAGAAAGACAGUGAUGGCUCAAUACGAGAUCGGAACGGACAACUUGUGAAUCUCUAUCCCGAAGUGCCCGCUGUAUUGGAAAGAUUGCACAGUGAGGGGAUCCCUAUGGCUGUUGCUUCACGGACAGGUGAGAUCCGAGGGGCGACUCAGCUCUUAGAUCUUCUGAGCCUCAGUAGCUACUUCCGCUGUAAAGAGAUCUACCCAGGCAGCAAAGUCACCCAUUUCCAAAGGUUAUCUCAGCAGAGCGGGAUCCCCCUUUGUCAGAUGCUCUUCUUUGAUGAUGAAAGCCGAAAUAUUUAUGAUGUCAGCAAAUUAGGGGUGACAUGCAUUCUGGUCCCCAACGGCAUGAAUCUUUCGCUCCUCGGCCGCGGCUUGGAAGCUUUUGCUCAUUCCUGAACCUUGAUGCCAUUUUGCUAAAACUGGGCUUCUUCCCUUCUUGCGCAGAAUGUGCAAAAGUGUUGACAUGCUAUCAAUAAACUAUACGUGUGUUUUUCUCCGCAA